GCCUCCGCUUAUUUUCUCCCUGUGCUUCCGCCACUGAAAAGCUCCGAUCUUUACCAACAAUGGCUGAACAGACGGAGAAGGCGUUUUUGAAGCAACCCAAGGUGUUUCUAUGUUCGAAGAAAAGUGGGAAAGGGAAGAGGCCUGGGAAGGGUGGAAACAGAUUCUGGAAGAGUGUUGGUCUUGGGUUUAAGACUCCAAGAGAAGCUAUUGAAGGAACUUACAUUGACAAGAAGUGCCCUUUCACUGGCGAUGUCUCCAUUAGAGGUCGUAUUCUUUCCGGAACAUGCCACAGUGCGAAAAUGGUGAAAACCAUUAUCGUUCGUAGGGACUACUUCCAUUAUGUGAAGAAAUACCAAAGAUAUGAGAAGAGGCACUCGAACACCCCAGCUCACAUUUCUCCAUGUUUUCGUGUGAAAGAAGGUGACCGAGUCACAAUUGGACAGUGCAGACCGUUGUCAAAGACUGUGAGGUUCAAUGUGUUGAAGGUGACUCCAGCUGGAUCUUCUGGAAGUACUGGGAAGAAGGCAUUUGCAGGCUUCUAAGGAAAAAGCUUUAUCUUGAAUUUGAUUUCCUGGUUAUGUAGUGAUACUUGGUUUUUUUUUUAAGAGUUUGGUUUAAAUGUUUCGGUAGAUGUAUUUUUUUACUUUGAUGUUCGCAAUUAUGGUAUGAUUGUAAACAUUAAAAAUCAAAUUUUGAUUUGGCACUAGUUCUUGUUUUGGAUAUUUGUUCG